AUGGAUGCUUCCACCCACCCACACCCCCCAAGAGCCCAAGAGCACCGAUGCUAUAAGUUUCGGCGUCUUGGGGGCGGCCGAUAUUGCCCCCUUGCUCUCUUCAAACCUGCCAAAUCGCACCCCGAGGUCAUCGUGCAGGCCAUUAGCGCCCGCGAUCGCAAAAAGGCCGAGGAGUAUGCAAAGACCCACGGCGUCCUCGAAGUCAAGGAUACCUAUCAAGAAAUCCUCGAUGAUCCCAACAUUGAUGCCGUCUUCAUCUCCUUGCCCAACGGUCUUCACUUUGAGUGGGCUGUCCGUGCCAUUCGCGCCGGCAAGCACGUUCUUCUUGAGAAGCCCUGCACGUCCAACUCUACCGAGGCCGAGAUCCUCUUCAACCUGCCUGAGCUGGAUCAGCCAGAUGGACCUGUGCUGCUCGAGGCUUUCCACAACCGCUUCUAUCCUUCUUGGGCCCUCUUUCGCUCUCUCGUCAAACCCGCCGAGAUUGAACGUAUUGAGACGCGAUCCAUGAUUCCGUGGUGGGCCAGCAACAAGGACCAAAUUCACUUCAACUAUAACCUGUCUGGCGGCACUAUUAUGGUCAUGGGUACCUACAACUUUGCGGCCCUGCGUCUGCUCUUUGGCGACAGUCCCGAGGAAUGCGUUAGCUGCGAUGCAAAAGCUUUUACUGACGGCAUCCACGACAAGUGCGACUACGAGUUCAAGGCCACAUUCCGCUUCCCCAAUGGUGGCAUUGGUAUCGCCUCUAGCACGCUCAUGGGCGAAGCCAUCAUCAAGCCCUCUUGGGUCACUGUCUAUACCAAGGAAGCUAUCAUUCCCAACGAUACUCUCCCAGCUGGCCAGACACAGUACCAGAAGCGGGAGCUAACUCUUCAGGGCCUCGUGCACGGUGUCUUUUGGCAUCGCAUUGACAUCAAGGAUAUCAACGAGAUCCGCACUAAGGAGGACAUAGUCGUCAGGAAAUGGGAAGAGACAUCGUCCCGUAAGGCUUAUACCUGGAAAGAGGCCGGUGGUGAGUUUGCCAAUCUGCCGGGCGAGACCUACUGGAUGUCGUACAGACACCAGCUGGAGCAGUUUGUCAACAAAGUCAAGGGCCGCAAGACGCAGUACUGGGUCGAGAGGGAAGAUUCCAUUGCCCAGAUGAAGAUGGUCGACAUGGCAUAUGAGAAGAGCGGACUGGGGCCUCGACCGACGAGUUCGUUCCGAUGA